UACCAAGGAAAUGUCAGAAGGCUCGUGAACACUUUGGUACAGUGAAAACACAGCUGGAAUGUCUGAAGACCAAGUUUCCUGCUNNNNUCUUCAACAGAUUUCAUGAGCAUUGGAGGUUUGUGCUGCAGCGGCUGGUGUUUCUGGCAGCAUUUGUAGUCUACUUGGAGUCAGAAACAUUAGUGACCCGAGAAGCUGUUGCAGAAAUACUUGGGAUUGAAGCUGAUCGAGAGCGGGGCUUUCACCUGGACAUUGAAGACUAUCUUUCUGGUGUAUUAACUCUCGCCAGUGAGCUGUCUAGGCUGGCAGUCAACAGUGUCACGGCUGGCGACUAUUCUCGCCCUCUCCGCAUCUCAACUUUUAUCAACGAGCUGGAUUCUGGCUUCCGUCUCCUCAACCUGAAGAAUGACUCCCUGAGGAAGCGUUACGAUGGCCUGAAAUACGACGUCAAGAAAAUCGAGGAAGUGGUUUAUGACUUGUCUAUCAGAGGACUCAAUAAGGAUGCAACAGCUGGUGUGGGUGGAGAGAAAUGAAGGGUGCUCAUUUUAACAGCAUCAUCGAUUACCUCAGAUGGUUGCCAAUUUAGGAAGCAUGCUAGUGAAGCCUUCCUACAGUAGUUUAGAAGAACUGCAGCUAAAAGCUGCUCUCUAUUUUCUUACAAAAGGUGUAGUACGGGUGUUAGAUCCUGAAAAUGUUUUGUAAACUCAUAUCUAGAUUAGGGCAGGAGGCUCUCCCUUUCCAGUGGAGUUCCUCUGUCAAAACACACGGUGCUGUUCUGUGCACAGCAGCAGUAGCAGUCAGUAACGCCCGUGAGCUGAAAUACAUUCUCCCUAGUUCCAUAGUGUUGUUUCACUGCUGCAGCAGUGAUGUGCUUCAGCUGCCCCUGCUCACCCACCU